ACGUAAAAUCUCAAUAUCAAGAUUACUUCACCUUCCGCAAUUGACACCGCCACACAAGUACUGAACAAGUGUUUAUAGAAAAAUGGAUGCUCCGAAACGCAACCCGGAACUAAGAAAAGACACAGUGAACAACCGGUGGGUUAUAUUUUCUCCGGCGAGAUCACGUCGUCCCUCCGACUUCAAAUCCAAAUCAAACCCUAACCCCAACAACCAAUCAGCUUGCCCCUUUUGUAUCGGCCACGAACACGAAUGCGCUCCCGAAAUUUUCCGAGUUCCAUCCGAUUCCACCGCCGAGUGGAAGAUCCGAGUCAUUCAAAACCUCUAUCCGGCUCUCAGUCGAGACUUGCCGGUCGAGCCGGAAGUGACCGAGUCCGGUUCGGGGGAAGUGAGUUUGAGUGGGUUUGGGUUUCAUGAUGUGGUGAUUGAAGCGCCGGUUCAUUCGGUUCACUUACCUGAUCUUUCUCCGGUUCAGAUUGGUCAGGUUUUGCUUGCUUAUAAGAAGAGGAUUUUGCAGCUUGCUGGUUAUGAGUUUAUCAAAUAUGUUCAGGUAUUCAAAAACCAUGGUGCCUCAGCUGGGGCUUCAAUGAGUCAUUCUCAUAGUCAGAUGAUAGCUCUUCCAGUCAUUCCUCCCACGGUUUCUGCCCGUAUUGACAGUAUGAAGGAGCAUUUUGACCAGACAGGAAAGUGUAGCCUUUGUGAAAUUCAACUGGACCGACUUCUAAUAAAUGAGUCAGCACAUUUUGUUUCCAUUGCUCCAUUUGCCUCUACUUCUCCUUUUGAGUUAUGGAUAAUUCCCAGGAACCACUAUUCUCACUUUCAUGAACUAAACGAGGAGCAGGCAACUGAUCUUGGGGGGUCACUUAAACUUGUGCUUCAGAAAAUGUCCUUGCAAUUGAACAACCCUCCAUAUAAUUUUAUGAUUCACACUUCUCCACUAAAAGUGAGUCAACCAGAACUUCCUUAUUGUCAUUGGUAUUUGCAAAUAGUCCCCCAGUUGGGCACUAUAGGCGGCUUUGAGAUGGGAAGUGGGUGCUACAUAAAUCCUGUAUUCCCAGAGGAUGCUGCAAAAAUUUUAAAGGAAGUGAACCUUCCUAACUAGAUGGUGACACUACUUGUUACAUUAUAUAUAUCGGAGACUGAUGUAUCGCAUAUUCUGACAUAGGAUUAUUGUCGGAGGAGAUUGUAGUUGAAUUUCUUCAGACUCCCGUGAGCUGGGUUCCUAGAGUGUAUUAUAUUUACAACAAAAUAAGUCUCCAAAUUUUGAUAUCUUCAGUUGCUUCUGGGAAUGUGAGAAAUAAAUGUAACAACAAUCUUGAAAUCUGUUGUAAUCUAUAAUGCCAGUUACUUUGUA